AUGUUCACGCCGGACUCACGAUUUGGAGAUGGAAACAGUCGUAUGACUACUGCUGCUGGUCCCUCGAACCCCGCGCCUCCUCCUCAAGUGCACCAUCAUCAGCCUCAGCAGUAUCAACCGCAACAACACCAACAACAAUCACAGCAACAGCAACACCAGCACCACCAACAGCCACAGCAGCAACAUCAGCAGCAACAUCAGCAGCAGCAACAUCAGCAACAACAUCAAACUGCCGACUUCAGUCAGCUGGAUCCUUUCCUCAACACGUCGAACAAGGGUUUCCAGUCACAAGCCAACGCCUUCAACUUUCCGACGACGAAUGACUUCAACAAUACUACGACUAAGCACUUUGCAAACCAAGCAAGCAACUUCAGUCCUCAACCAAACGCAUUCAGCGCAGUGUCCAAACCCUUCGCUUCCCAACCUAAUGCCUUUGGUCAGUCAGCAACAACAUUCAGUGCUGCCAACGCUUUCAGCUCCCCUGCAAAUGCCUUCAGCUCUCUACCUACCACGAACACCUUCAGCCCGCCGCCGAAUGCCAACGCCUUCAGUCCGCCACCUACUACCGCCUUUAGUCCUGCUCCCACACCCUUCAGCCCGGCAACGUCAACGUUCAGCCCAGCACCGACACCGGCCCCGAGCCUCAUGCCCGGCACCCCGGGUGUGAUGCAAACGCCUUUUGGCCCUCCGCCUACCACUUCAUUCCCAGGUCAUGCUCGAGCACCUAGUAUUGCACCCACGCCAAAGCCUGCGACAGGUAGUCGGCCAUCGCGGGAGCAGGUCCCUGCCGAGGCAUGGGAGUCUUUCAAGGGGACCAUCAAGCAUCUGUAUCUGGAAGAACGCCGUCCCCUGAAAGAGGUCAUGCAGAUCAUGGCGGACCAGUAUGGCUUCCAAGCAACGCCGAAGAUGUACAAGACCAGGUUCUCUCAGUGGGGUUUCGUGAAGAACAACACCGAGGACGAAGUGAAGAGACUUCUCUCUAUGAAGUUCCAACGCGAUGCCGAGGGUAAAGUGUCUGAAUUCGUUCGCAACGGCAGAGUUGUCAAUCUGGGCACGUAUCUCAAGAGGAAGGGAGUGACGGAGUACGAUCUUGUCGACUUUGAAACGCCAGCUCAGCUCCCGUCAUACGUGCGAUGUCGUACCCCGACACCGCCGCCCGCUCCGGGCUAUCUGCGAUCACCAGACCUGCUCCGAGCGCAGGAGACGAUUGUUGGGAAUAUGCGGAAAGCAUUCUUGCAUUGCCGCCAAUUCGAGGUCGAAAUUGACAAGCAGGUCGGAUGGACAUCGAUUAUGUUAUGGGGUGCGGGGUCAAGCGACAUGUUUGCUGAUGCGAACAAGAAAUUCGAAAUGGGUGAACACGACGCGGGUGGUCAUCAGCUAAUGAAGGCAUUCAAACGACUGGAGAUGGAUCUCAAACAACUGUCACCGCAAGGCAUCAAGGAACUUUUGCUGGGAAUGGUGCAUCGCGACGCGGGCAUGAUGACUGCCCUGUGCAAGUACCUGGCGGCAUAUUCUUCGACGAACUUUGAACGCUCUCAUCCCCUACGACAGACGUUUUCCACACUAUACGAGGUGCAACAGAAGCAUGGGCCGAUCACACUAUCGGAGCUCGUGUGGGGCUGCAUUCCCACCAUCGCCGAAGAACUCGAAGCUAUUUACGGGCGGCGUCACCCUUACGUAGCCAGGACGUGGAUCGACCUGGCCAUCUUUUACAACCACGCCAACCCCGAGAGACUCGAGAAACUGCUCUCCGAACUCCAGCCGCUACGAAGGCAGAUUGCAGGUCGUCAUGGACAGGGCAGUGCAGAGGAUCUAGCCUUGCGAUACGCCGUUGUUCAGCUGAUGCAAGCAGCCUGGCCCAACGCCGAUAAUACAAGGAUGGAGGCUCUGGAACUGUGGACUGCGAUGAAGGAUGGCGGCCUCGUCUUCCCAGUGCGGGGCGCAGAGCACAACACCUUUUGCUACCACAGCCCCCUCAAGAUCGAUCCGUGGGAAAGGCGAUGCAGGGAGCGAUAUGAUAUUGGGACCCAAUUCUUCCAGCAACACUGCGGCAUCAAAGUGCUGCCCUAUUUCGAAGAAGACAUGCAUUACACCGAGCAUGCCCCCGACUCGCAUUCGGCCUUGGCAGCAGCCUUGGGCCACAUGCCCCAAUCCAAGUUCUCGCUCAUCUAA